AUGGACUUGAUUGUUGCAGCUCAAGCCGAUAUCGGUCUUAAGUUAGCUGCAGCUGUAAAUUCAUUAGCUGAUCCUUACUGUCCCUCCGGACAAACGGUUUUACCAAAUGGACAAUGUGGAGUGCCAUCAAAUGGCGGAAAUAAGCCUGAUGACUCUUACUGCCCAUCUGGAGAAGUUAAAUUGCCCAACGGAAAAUGUGGAAAGCCACAAAAUCCAUUAUCGCCAACGAGGGCAACUCCGCGUCCUUCGGUUUCGACAAAGAAACCUACGGCUCCUGCCCCACCAACAACUAAAGCUCCAUCGAAACCCGAUGGUUAUUGUCCUCCGGGAGAAUCUAAAUUGCCAAAUGGAAAAUGUGGGAAGCCUUCGAAUCCUUUAACGCCUGCAAAGCCAAAACCAUCGUCGAAACCGCAAGUUUCGCCAGUAACGACUAAAAAACCCGUGGCUCCUGCCCCACAAACAACGAAAGCUCCAUCGAAACCCGAUGGUUAUUGUCCUCCGGGAGAAUCUAAAUUGCCGAACGGGCAAUGUGGAAAACCUUCGAAUCCAUUGAAUCCUAAACCUACACCUCCAAAGCCUCAGCCACCAAAGCCUCAACCAUCAAAGAAACCAACUUCUGAAAAGGGAUAUUGCCCUCCAGGACAAGUUGAAAACGCUCAAGGUGAAUGCGGAACGCCAUCAAAGCCUUUCCCUCCUCCUCCUCAGCCCCCUAAGCCAACAUCGAAGCCUGCUACACAAAAACCUGCUCCUCCAACAAAGCCCGGAGAAGAAUAUUUGCCUCCUACAAAUGAAAAACCUCAAACUCAAAAGCCUAAACCUCCAAAGCCCCAAACUCCAAAGCCUCAACCAAAACCAACACCCAAGCCUGUUCCAAAACCUGAUGAUGGAUAUUGCCCUCCAGGAACUUCACAACAAGGCGGUCAAUGCGUCAAGCCAUCGAAUACUUUACCUCCAAAGCCUCAAACUCCAAAACCUAAACCACCAACAUCGAAGCCUGCUACACAAAAACCUGCUCCUCCUACAAAGCCUGGACCAGAAUAUUUGCCACCAACAAAUGAGAAGCCUCAAACUCAAAAGCCUCAGCCUCCAAAGCCCCAAACUCCAAAACCUCAACCCAAACCAACACCCAAGCCUGUUCCAAAACCUGAUGAUGGAUAUUGCCCUCCAGGAACUUCACAACAAGGAGGACAAUGCGUCAAACCAAAUCCUUUACCUCCCAAGCCUCAAACUCCAAAACCUAAACCUCCAACAUCGAAGCCUGUAAAACCUGCUCCUCCGACAAAACCUGGAUCAGAAUAUUUGCCUCCUACAAAUGAAAAACCCCAAACACAAAAGCCUCAACCUCCAAAGCCCCAAACUCCAAAGCCUCAACCAAAACCAACACCCAAGCCUGUUCCAAAGCCUGAUGAUGGAUAUUGCCCUCCAGGAACUUCACAACAAGGAGGACAAUGCGUCAAACCAUCGAAUCCUUUGCCUCCAAAACCUCAACCUCCAAAGCCUCAACCUCCAAAGCCUCAACCAUCAAAGAAACCAACUUCUGAAACGGGAUAUUGCCCUCCAGGACAAGUAGAAAAUGCACAAGGUGAAUGCGGAACGCCAUCGAAACCUUUCCCUCCUCAACCCCCAAAGCCUCAAACUCCAAAGCCAAAACCUCCAACAUCAAAGCCAGCAACUCAAAAACCACCAACCAAACCUGGACCAACAUAUUUGCCUCCUUCGAAUGAAAAACCUCAACCUCCAAAGCCUCAGCCUCCUAAGCCAUCAUCGAAGCCAGCAACACAAAAACCUGCUCCUCCAACAAAGCCUGGAUCAGAAUAUUUGCCUCCUACAAAUGAAAAGCCUCAACCUCCUAAGCCUCAGCCUCCAAAGCCCCAGCCUCCAAAGCCUCAGCCUCCUAAGCCACAGUAA